AUGAGCUUUGGGUUUGCAGUGGGUGACUUCAUUGCUAUUGCAGAUAAGGCGUAUCUCGUCUACAAACGAUGCAAGGAUGCUCCUGCUAAAUACGCCGAGCUCACGAAGCGUGUGCUACAACUUCGAGACGUGCUCGAAGAGACGAAAUUAUAUCUCGUGCGAGCGAACAAUGACGGUCAGAUCCCCCAAAGCCAACUGAGAUUGGCUUCGCUGCAGGCGAUGUGUUCCGGGUGCAAUACAACAUUGGAUGAGGUUGACGAUUUUCUGGAGAAGUACAGUAAUGUCGGAACGGAUAAGGGCACACGACGAGUGAUAAGCCGGUUAAAGUUCAUCACAUCGGACUCAGGCGCACUCGUCGCGAAACUGGAAUUCGAUGCUAGGUCCCUACAGCUGCGCUUAACAAGUCUCACAAGUUUGUCGGUUUUGAACGUCCAAGAUGCUUUGGUUCAAAUCGCACAGGAGUACCGAACAGGCAAACGGGACCGGAGUGUGAUAUCACAUCCGAGAAUUGACAACAAGCCGGCGGAGAAAGAAGACAUGUUUGAGCAAAUAAGCCAGGAUCUGGAAGAGAAAGAUAUACACCCAGACUCUAUCGUUCUGAAUAAACCAUUUUUGGAUGAAUGGUUGUCGGAGGUCAUUGAGCAUGAUGGCCUGGAUGAAGGAUCGUCAACUCCCCUUCCAGACCUUGAAAAGUCAACUACUCGUGAAUCGACAACCUCGAAUCUAGCCACCCAGGACCUUACUCGGGGGGAUCUUCCUGGAGGAGACAAUCAAGUCGAUAAUCCUACACAAAGUGCUACCUCCCCAUCGGUAUCGCGUUUAUCUCCACCACUAAUACUGGCCGAUGCUAACGAUAGUGCGGCCCUUGCCGGUGACAACGAUGAUCUCUACGCAGAUCCAGACGAUGUUACUACAAGGCCAGAGGACAGCAUUACCGUGGUAGAAAGGGGAUUCGUAUCGGGAGCCACCGGGGAGCCACGCUCCCGCUCUGACAGCACAGCCUCAAGUGCUGGCAAACCAGAGGAUUGGCAUCCGUACGACAGACCUGCGCCAGUUUAUGUACAGGAGAAACUUCAUCCACUCUUCCACGACGACCCCAUUCCGGAUCCGUCAUCUGAAGCCAUAAAGCACAAAAUCAUGCGCGCUUUCCACCAAGCGGACUACAGCGAUGCAGGCUUUCUCUCACGAAGAACUGUGUUGCACCAUCUGUCAACUGCCCUAAAAGGCAGUCCUAUGAAAGUUAGUGCGGACACCUUGGAGGCUAUUGUUUUCUCUUUCGAUGCCAAUCGCGAUGGCCAAUUUGACAAUGAUGAGUUUUUGGGUCUCGUCCAAGAGUUGAUGCGAAGAACAGCGCACAUGAGGGAGAUGAGAGUUGAAGCGGACUUCGCCGGCAUCGUACAAAAGGCGAAGGCAAAUGCGACCAGAAGACGAGCGAUGGAUUCCAAAUUCUUCCUUCAUUGGGGAUUCUCAAAGGAACCCGGUGCCGGUCAGCGGUAUUUCGAUUAUAUCCUCCGUAACCCAGUGGAAACGCCGCCGAAGGUACUGGACGACUCCGCAUUUAGCGUCAUGGCCUGGGAGGCAAACAUAUGCGUUGAUAAGAUCAGCGACUUCGAAGAAACAUGGAUCGGUAUUGUGCCAAAAUCUCUGCAAAGCGAGUAUCUGGAACCGCUGCGAAAGGUUCAACAGAUCGCAAGGGCCUUUAUUCUCCUCGAAAACCAAAACAACCGCCUCACUCUCUCUGAUCUGGAUGUGUUUCUGACCUGUAUUCAGCUCAGUUCCUAUCUUCCUGCCAACAACGAUACUAAAGGUAUUGAUGAGAUUUACUCGAGACUGGAAGACGCGAAACUAAAGUGCACAUUCAUUCUCGGUUCUCUGCUGGGUUUCACAGAAACUUUGGAGAGAAAUCGGAGUUUCGAUGCUUCCGUACACAACUUCGGCAAAUUCCGGACCUGGUGGAAGGAUGAACAUCUAAAAUGGCGAUCGGAUGCAGUCUGCAACGAAUCCGUCGGUUGGGAUUCUGUUGAAGAUGCGGUUACUACAUAUCGCGCUCGAAAACUAUUGGCCGACGUCGAGCGGCGCGCUCUACUAGUUGUCGAGGACUUUGCUUCUCGAGAGAUUGUACAUGUCCAAAGGCGACAAACUGAGCUUAUAUCUACACCAUGGGCUGGCAAGGUCUCUACUGUGGAGAUUUCCGGAUGGAGCAAGAAUUGGGUAUCCAAAACCAUCGACGUUCGUAAAAUCUUCCUGAGAAUUUCCGUGACCAACCCAACGCAAGUCAUUUAUACAUAUCCGGAGAAACGCUCUGAGUCUAAUAAAUGGUAUCUCGAAGACCGCAUAUUCCUGACAACUACUUCUGCCAUCAGUGUCGCUGUAAUGUACGUGGACAGCAAAAAGGCUGACGGGAUGGUAAAAUUCGGAUUCCCAGCAAGAACGUUCAAAGGCUUGGACUUUUUGAGUAGAAGGAGAAACAUGAACCAAAUAGAGAAGAUACGUGAGCACGGUCCACCCUGCGAUCUCCAGCUCGACGUAGUAAUGGACGACUGCCCGGAGUUCGAUAGAGAGCUGAGUUCGCUCAAAAUUGGCGAUUGGCGCUCUCUACUUUUCGACAGUCCUUCCGAAACAGCUGAACCGUCUUCAAAAUCGACCGCGCUCACGACACGGGGACCGGUUCCUGACUACUCUCCGUAA